AUGCCUAUCCAAAAAUUUGCCGUCCCUAUCAUUACCACGGAUUUAAGACGUGAAGAAUCACUACGGCAAACUGCUGAUGUUCUACAACAUGUCGAGAAGGUAUGCAACGAUACAUUCGAUCAUGUGGUUCAACGAGUUGAGGAUGUUAAGAAGAAAUUAGAAGCAAUCGAAAACCGAACCAAAGUAGCCAAAGCAAAAAUCGAUAAAAUUCGAACUAGUACUAAAGCAACGACAAUCUUAUCGGCUAAUAAAUAUCCUGUCGCCGAUAUUAUGACCAAUUAUGAAUCCCUAUUCGCUUCUAUCGAUUCGGAAUUAGGUGAAUUAAAACGCAGCCACUACCGCAUUACAAACGAUAUCAUGCCAUUUAAUGAAAAGUUAAUUGAUGAAUCGCCCAAGAUCGAAUUGCCCAAUGCUCGUCAUAGAAUAAACAUGGUUGAAGAUCAACUAGACGAAGGCUUAGGUGGUUUACCGACAGAUUUAACCUCUGUCAGUUCGCUAUUAUUAUUUAAUUCGCAAGAAAAUCCCUAUAAGAAAUAUAUUACAUUGGAUCCUUUGGCUGGUGCUGUGACUAAAACUCGAUCGACGAUAGAACAAGAAGCCAAUGCUCUUGGCGAUGCACCGGUGACUAUUAGCCAGCGCCAAGGUAUGGAACGUAAACCUAUGGAAUCUUACUUUUAUGUUCCCAAUCUUGGAGAUGUACCAGAAUUCGAUGUACCCAGCUUUCUACCCAAUUUAUCUGGUGUUGCAGAUGAUGUAACUUUUGACGUUGACAAUGAAAUAAGCAUAGCUCCUUCAGCUGGAUUUGUAUUUCCUGAUUUACCCACUGUGGAGACUACGCCUGUCCCUACUGCCAACGGUGGUACAGAAGCAGCAGCUCCUCCUCCUCCUCCGUCAGGAGGUGCUCCACCACCACCACCGCCACCGCCACCUCCUGCAGCUCCUGGCCAAGGAGGGCCAGCACCGCCGCCACCACCACCAGCACCUGAAAAUGUACCUCCACCGCCGCCACCACCACCAGCACCUGAAAAUGCACCUGCACCGCCGCCACCACCACCAGCUGACGAUGGAUCGAAAGGUGGUACUACAAUUCCCGCUGUUGAUUCUGGUCGCUCUAGUUUGAUGGAUGCAAUUCGCUCAGCAGGCGGAUCAGGCAAAGCAAAAUUAAAGAGUGUCAAAGAACGAAAGAAAGAACGAAAAGCCAAACAGGAAGAAGAAGAAAGCAAACCGCUCGUCGGUGGAGGGGACCUAAUGGGUGAUCUAAAAGCUAAAUUGCUUUCGCGUCGGAAGGGUAUUUCUGGCAAAAAAGACUCUCCUGCUCCCAGUGAAGUUCGCAGUGGAGGUGAUAGCGAAAAAAUUGCUACUGGUGGCGGCUCUGCUAUGGAUCGAAUUGCUUCAAUGUUACCCUCACCACCUAGUGAAGGGGGUGAUAGUAAUAAAGAUGAUGACGAUGAUGAUUGGGAAUAA